AUGGCCGAACAAAAGGAUGGCACUGUUUACGCCAGUUCCGAGUCAACUUUAGAUGCCGAAAGAGUCACGGUAGUAGACUCGAACACAGAUCCUGAGAAGCAAAUUGCAACUCAGCAGACAAGCGACAUACCCGACCCGAACAUCGUCUUCUGGGAUGGCGAAGACGAUCCACAAAACCCCAUGAACUGGACCUCCAAAGCCAAAGUCCUGAACUGCGGCGCCAUUAUCUCCCUUACGCUGUUGACACCACUGGCUUCGUCCAUGUUUGCUCCAGGUGUGCCCGACGUUCUUCGCGAGUUCAAGGAGACUUCAGUUACGCUUGCUGCUUUUGUCGUUUCUGUGUUUUUGCUUGGGUUUGCUGUUGGUCCACUGAUUAUCUCUCCGUUGAGUGAGAUCUAUGGCCGUCGUCCGGUGUAUAUCGUCUGUAAUGUCGGCUUUAUUGUUUUUACGGUCGCUUGUGCGGUGGCGAAGAGCAUGUCUCAACUCAUUGUGUUUCGCUUCUUUGCUGGGUGCUUUGGAGUUUGUCCUGUUACGCUUGCUGGCGCGAGUAUUUCGGAUAUGAUUGAGAGAGAGAAGAGAGGUGGCGCGAUGGCGUUAUAUGCUAUGGGUCCUUUGCUUGGUCCCGUUAUAGGUCCUGUGGCUGGCGCUUACCUUUCCAGUGCCGAGGGAUGGCGAUGGGUCUUCUGGUUAAUCACCAUCGCCUAUGGAGCCGCUUCCAUCCUCCACUUCUUCGUCUGCAAAGAAACUUACGCACCAGCCCUCCUCCAGUCCAAAACCACAAAGCUGCAGAAAGAAACAAACAACACUGAGUUACGCUCAAAACUUGACGAUGGGCUUUCCGCCCGCGAACGCAUGUCACACGCCUUGAUUCGACCUUUCAAGUUGCUGAUUUUCUCGCCUAUUGUGUUGUUCAUGUCUAUUUAUACUGCAGUCGUGUACGCAAUCUUAUACCUCCUGUUUACAACUUUCACCUUUGUCUUUGAGGAACACUACCACUUUUCUCCCUCCAACGUGGGUCUAAGUUACAUCGCCAUCGGCAUCGGCAUGUUUAUUGGUCUCAUCCUCACCGGCGCCUCUUCCGAUCGCAUUCUCAAACGUCUCACCGCCGCCAACGCCAACACCCCCAAGCCCGAAUUUCGUCUCCCGCCACUGAUUGCUUGUGGUAUUUUUAUGCCCAUAGGCCUUUUCAUCUAUGGCUGGACGGCGCAGAAACACGUGCAAUGGGCUGUUCCCAUGUUAGGAACCCUGUUUUUCGGAAUUGGUAUGAUGAGUUGUAUGAUUUGUAUACAGACGUAUUUGGUAGAUGGGUUUACGGUGUAUGCGGCUAGUGCUAUUGCUGCUAACACACUUUUGAGGAGUAUUGUGGGAGGUCUGUUACCGCUUGCGGGCUUGGAUAUGUAUAAUACUUUGGGACUGGGUUGGGGAAACAGUUUGAUUGGCUUUGUUGCCCUGGCGCUUUUGCCGAUUCCAGUGGCUUUCUACUUUUAUGGCGAGAAGGUCAGGGAGAGGUUUCCUGUUAAGCUUUGA